CAAAGCUGAAGUUAGCUUCAGAUUCGUAGAGCCCGAUUUGUGGAUAAGGAUUCGUGCGGGGAAGUUAAAGGAGACGAAUCUGAAACCAACUUCAGCCUCGCUCCACAGUCUGUUGUGUAAUCUACUUCGACCGAGUGGUCAACUGAAUAAACUGAAGGCAGAAAUACACGAGAGUGACGGGGGCUCUAAAUUAGCUGUCUGAGCUAACUGUCAAGGAUCUUUGGAUAACAACUCGACAACAUGCUCGCUCGGUUGCUAUUUAACCUCCUCAACAAACACCAUGUCGUUGAGAAGUUGGCAGAUUCUCGUCCGAUUCGCAGGGCCGCCCAGAUCACAGCCUACUUCAUCACCAAGGCUCAGAUAGCCGGCCGGGACGCCUCUCAGCGGGUCUUGCGGUCACAGACGCUACGGCAGGUCCGGGACGAGGCAGGCAAAGCACCCGGCGGUGACCUGGGAGAGAUGGCCAGCCGCCUCAAGAGAGUCAGAGAGACAUUUGUGAAUGAAGUGAAGGAGGGAUGGAAGGACGGCUCCAGACAGAUCAAGAAGUGAAGAGGACAUGCUGGAUGUAGGAUGUCAAAGAGACUGGGAAUACACUGAUAACUUUACUUUUGUGUCUGGUGAUUGAUAAGCUACAUAUGAAUGGUACCCUUUGGACAUUGAUCAAGUUCACUAUGAGUAAUGGUGGUUUUUAACAUAUAUGGCGAGAUAACUUAUGAUAAACGGUGGUUAAACUAAAUACAUUCAUUGUAUCACAUUUCUGAGAAUGAAGGGACAGUUAAAGUGUUUUAUCUUUCAGAAAACCUGUGGAAAAGUAGGAACAUUGGAAGUUUGGAUUAGUGUAGAAAUGUUAAUUGCUCUUUUCUUAAGCAAGUUGACAAUUCAAUAGUGAAUUAAUUACACUAAGUCAUUUCAAUAAAAACACAAGUGGAAUGGCCUUUUAUUGACGGCCUCUUCACAUUAAUCUGUGAUACAAAACCAUAAUUACCUGUUGUUUCCAUUUGCCUCCAUGGAUGUGCACUGUAAAACCAAUCCUUCCGAAAAGAUUUUAUUGAUCUGGAAAUUAAAUUGUCUUGGUAAAUAAUUUGAUUGGUCAAAAUGUACAUAUAGAGAAAGUUGUUAUGCAUAGACAAGGAAUACACGUGUUUAUUCUGACUAUAAAUAAAGAGUCUAAUUUAUGAAAGCUCUGUUAAUGCUAGUGUUAAUUGAUAUUAUUUGCUAUUGACAUGGACAUAACGCAAGUUAAAGAAUGAAAGAAAUUCAAAUAAUAUUUUGGAGGGUUAAAUUAGAUCUUAAAAAAUCUAUAUGAAUGUGAAUGCAACAACUGAGGUCAAGAUUGGGGUGUGGUAGCCUAGUGCCCUGGUGGUAGGCCUUCCAAACCAGAAGGUCGUGAGUUCAAUAUUAGGGCUGCUACCAUUCCAUGAGCAAGGUACUUAACCCUGUAUUUAGUUAACUAUGUCACUCUGGAUGAGAGCCUGUAAUGUAAAAAAGGUCAAGUGUCUGGUUUGCAGAGUCUUUCAAAGUUGUAACCUCAUAGUUAAUUUGCUUUAACAGCGACAGAGAUAUGCUGGAAAGAAUAUGAGAGAUAAGAAGA